AGAGAAAUGAAUGGAGAGGGGGGAACUUGGCAAAAGGCGUGACGGAUGGUGUGGAUUUGUACGCAUCUCUGCGUGUAUAUUUGUGUGUGGAAACGGUGUGUAAUUAAUUAAUUAAUAAAUAAAUUAGUUAUGCAUCUCUCUCAGUACUCAGCGUGAUCUUCCAUUUGAAGCAAAACAAAACCACUUGAAAGAAAGUUAGCCAAAAAGAUAGUAAUAUGGAGAGGGAUAGCAAAAACAACCAGAACAAGAAGAAGAGAACAAGAGAUAAUCACGAUGAAUCGUGGCCCCACAAGAGCAAGAAACCGUUGGAAAGCGUCGUCGUCGUCGAAAAUAAUAUUAUUGAUCAAGAAAAGCCCUGCUACGAAUUCUGUGACAGCAGCAGUAUCGGAGUUUUCGAUUUUCCGUGGAUGAACAAGGGCGUGGGUUUUAUUAUGGCUGGUGAGUACUUUGAGCCCGAAGAAAAGUUUGCUCCAAUUAAUUUCGAUGAUGGAAAUUUGUUUGUUGGUGAUGGAAAUUUGCAAGAAAAUAAGGUGGAUGAUAAUUACGAAGACGGGUUUAAUUGGUCGUUGAAAGUUGAUGAUCUCGAAUCGGUUGAUAAUUGCAUUUGGAGUUUUGUUAUCGAUCAGCCUCUUUCUUAGCAUUUGGUUCGAACAAUUGGUGUAGAAAGCUAAUUAAUUAUGAUCAAUUGAAUAAUCUGCUCAUGAUUAAUAUUUAUUUCGUUCAAUUUUUUUUUGUGUUGGAAAUUACGUCGACUAUCGUGUCAAAAUUGGUACAACAGAUUUUGCAGAGAAAUAUGAAACAGAAAUACGUUUCUUGCUCCGAUAUGUAGCCGUGGAAUAAAAAACCACGCAACAUAUUGACACGAGCACCUAAUUAAUUGGUUAAUUUUUGAAUGUUAC